UUUGGGGGACUUUCGUCUGCGUUUACUCCAUCAGAGGGAGCCAGAGAUUCCUUCGCUGCUUCAAUCUUCAUUACGCCAGCGUGAAUCAAAUCCUGUAUAGUUUCCUGCUGUUCAAGGAAUCGAAGGAAGGAAGUUUGAAAGAGGAGCAGAAAUGAUGUCCCCAAAUCAAAUGCCCGAAAGUCGGGGCUCCUCGCAUCCCUCUAAUUUCAGGCAAACUCCCUUGCAGGUUAUCCACAUUAUUGGUAACCUCAUGAGAAUUUGGUCAAUCUAUUCUGUCUACCAAUACUUGUCUGAAACGGGGGCAUCAGUUAUUUUGUUCAUCUUCUGCUGUCUUCUUCCUUCAUCUGUUGUGUUCUUACUUCUACAGAAGCCUUGGAAGGGGAGGUCUCUUUCUAAUACUCAGGUUAUUCCAUCAGUGAUAAAUGGUAGUGUAACUGCCCUAUACUUUAUCUUAUGGGGAAAGGGGCUUAAAUCUGGUGGUCCUCUCAGGGCCAUAUUGGCUGAGUAUGCUGGUGCUAUUCUUGGAGUGGUAUCUGCUAUCUUGUAUGGUAGAAGUGGCAAUAUUUGGAAAAAGGUAGGUGGGUUCAUUGCAAUGCUGGCAUCAUUCUACUUCUUAGCACAAGGAUGGGCUAUGGCCACACAAUUUCCCUUAACUUUUAGUGAAAGAUCAGAUGAGGAGGUCAAGUCAGAAGAAGUUUUAGGUAUUAAGGAUAUGCUAAUUCUCAUCUUUGCUGGAAUUUUAUCAGCAUUACGAAGGAUAAUUGCCAGGCGUGUAUCACUUAAGAAUCAACUUAAAAGGCGGCUCAAUGCCAUUACUAUUGCUUCUGCCACCUGUUUUAUGUUCCCGGUUGCAAUGUGGGAUAUGAUUGUUGGAUCAACAAAUGUAGAAUUGCCGUUCUCAGUAUGGGCAUUCUCAAGUUUUAUCCUUUUUGGAAUAAUCUUGAUAUUUUAUGUUGACAGCAUAGCAGAAGAGAGAUUGCAUAUGGUUUUCUCAUCACCAAGGCAUUUAAUGGUUGCUGGAGGAUGCAUUAUAUUAAUGGAAAUUAUGUACAAAAGGGAUUUCUCCCUGCCUGGUUUUUUGGUUUGUGCUACCAUUUUGGGCAUCGGGAUACAUGAAGCAACUUCAUUGGAUCAUAGGAGGAAAGAUGCCUUUCAAAGUUCUGACCUGUCGAAUGGAGCUUACGACGAUCGAAUUCCAAUGACAGUGCUUCCAAGUUAAUCAAAUUUGAGCUGCUCGACUUCUUCUGAAAUGUCCAAUGUGGUCGGGCGUGGCUGAAAGAUAAUCUCAACGGACUGCAAUAACCCAUAAUCUCAGGUCCUUGUGCAGAGCUGCGAAUAUCUUUAGCCAAGCAACGAAGAUGGAACCAUAUAUGUAUCACACACACAAAUUCAGGUUAGAUAUCUACAUUAUUUUGCCGUUGCCAUUGUCGUGCCCAAAAUCAAAUUGUGUCUGUAUGCUGUUCAGUGCCGUAUAGUCUUUUAGGAAAAGAAACUGUAAAGAUGCGCCGCUUGCUGAUUGCAAUUGAACAAUCCUUCCCGCCCGGUUCAUGUAACAAUGCUACACCUCUUCUUGCGGUAUUUGUCUAAAUUGGCUUUGAUGUUCUAGUAAAUAGUUGAUAUUCAUUUGUAGCACAUUAGGCCUGUGUAAACUCCAAAGGUUCUUUCA